AUGACCUUCGCGGCUCUCACCACCCUCCUAGCUCUGGGCGGUAUCACCACCGUCCACGCCGGCUGGCCAUCUGCGUCGCAAGCAGCACUCAAGCCAACCUGCGGCUAUCCUGGCGGUGGACCUACUGCUACCAUCGACGCUGGAGUUGUAAUCGGCACCACGACAUCGCUACCCGCCGCCACAGCCACUGUCAACAAGUUCCUCGGUGUACCUUUUGCUAAGUCACCGCCGACACGCUUCGCUCCUCCUCAGAGCCCGAGGACUCUCAAAUCGCCUAUCAAGGCUACGGCAUGGAGUCCGGCAUGUAUUCAACAGUUUGUCUAUCCGCUGGCGUCGCAGCAGUUCACUGAGGCUGUCUUCAAUAAUCCCGCGCCGAAGGAGAGUGAGGAUUGCCUGUACCUUAAUGUCUACGCCCCAUCAUCCCCAGCUCCAGCAGAUGGCCGCGCUGUUAUGUUCUGGAUCUAUGGUGGCGCUCUCGAGUUCGGCAACGCAGGUCAGCCAGCCUACGAUGGCACCUGGUUUGCCAGUUACGAGGACGUUAUCGUCGUCACGGCCAACUAUCGCACGAACGUCUUCGGCUUUCCUUCGUCUCCCGAGCUUGCUACCACUGGUCAUAAUCUAGGCUUUCUUGACCAGCGUUUCGCACUUGAUUGGGUUCAGCACAACAUAGCUGCAUUUGGCGGGUCACCGAAUAAGGUCACCAUCUUCGGCGAGUCAGCCGGCGCAUUCUCUAUCGACGCCCUCCUCACUUCCUUCCCGAAAGGCUCGGUACCGCCCUUCCGUGGCGCCAUCCUCGAGUCUGGACAGUACAGCUACCGCUCCGCACCAUUCACCAGCUCUGUUCCAGCCUGGGAUGCACUCAGUGCUGCUCUGGGGUGUCCUGGCAAGUACAACAGCAAUUUGACUUGUGUCAAGGCGGCUUCUGCUACGGACAUCCAGACCAUCAUUGACACGCAGAGCCUUCUGUUCCCACCUACACCGGACAAUGUUACGCUGGUUGCCGAUCCGGCGAAGCAGAGGUUGAGCGGCAACAUUGCUCGUAUUCCUGUCAUGGGCGGUACGAAUACACAGGAAGGACGGUACGAUGAACCACUAGAUGCUCGCCCUCGAUCUACGGUACUGACAUCUCGCAGAGCCUUCACAGUCGGCCAAACAAACACCACGGCCUUCCUCCAAACCCUGUUCGGCCCGAACCAGGCCCUGAUUUCCGCAGUCGAAGCUAUCUACCCCAUUGGCUCAGCUGGUAUAUCGAGCGUCUACGAUCAGACCAGUGCGAUCUUCACAGACUAUAUCUUCCAGUGCCCGCAAGCGAAGUGGGCGAAUGACACAGCCGCUCUUGGCAUCUCGACCUGGCGAUAUCUUUUCAAUGCUAGUUUUGCUAAUACGCAGGCGUAUCCUGGUUUGGGCGUCUAUCACUCUAGUGAGAUCCCGAUCGUGUUUAGCACCUACAAUGCGGCGAACACGACGACCCAGGAAUAUGUGUUGAGUAAUGCUAUGCGUGGCGCCUGGGCUAGGUUUGCGAAGAAUCCUGCUGGUGGCCCGGGUUGGAAUGCUGUCGGUACCGGGGCUGCUGGUCAGGUUCUGACAGGAGCUAGUGGUGCUGUAGCUGGUGGUGUGCUUGUUGGUGCGGACGGGAAGACGCUCAAUGGCACUUUCGACCUUGGGCUUUGGGGAAAUCGAGGCGAUGCUUUGGGUGCUGGUGUCACUGUCAUUGAUCAGAAGGAGGCUGACUAUAGGUGUAAGGUCUUUGAGGCGGUCUUGGACGCUAUCGCGGGGACGACUGGGCAGUAA